AUGCAAAAAGCUACACAUAAUCUCGUGUCAGAAUAUCAAUGUUUAGAUGGUCUCCGGAUCCCUGAGGAUCAGCCGCUUCUCGGGUCCCCCUCCGCCCGCUCGGACACCCACUCUCAUGGACUUGCCAUCAUAAUUUGCACGACUUCGGUAUUGUUUAUUGCCAGUGCAGUCAAUGGCCUAGUUACCCUCAAUAUCAUACAAUUUUCAUCCGAAUUUAGAUUAGACCCGGGGGUUGAAUUAUGUACUCAAGCCGGUUUUAAUACGCCAAGCUCACAACUCGACAGGCCAAUGUCAAUGUACUAUCUUGCUCAAGGCUGCACAUUCCUGCUGGCAGGCUCUUUAGCAGAUAUCCUAGGUAGCAGGAGAACAUUUCUAUAUGGAUGUUUUCUACAGACCGUUUGCCAUCUGGCUAGUGGACUAGCCCGGACUGGCGCGCAACUUAUCGCUGCCAGAUUGGUAUCCGGCAUAGCUUACCCAAUGUGUUUCAUUUCGGCACUGAGCAUUCAUGGGGAGAAUCUGCCAAUUGGGAAGUUACGCAAUUUAGCGUUUUCCUGUACGAGUACAAGUCAAUACAUUGGCUCUGGUAUAGGCAUCGUCCUUAGUGGGUUACUCUCGGAGACUACCGGUUGGCGAUGGGGCUUUCAUUGCGCUGCAAUUGUGAGCCUAGUUGGGUUUCUCCUAUCAAUCUGGACGAUUCCACAACAGCCCCGCGAACCAAAGUAUAUCCCAUGGACAGAGCUAGCUGAAGAUAUCGAGUGGUCUGGAACUCUGCUCGCUAGUUCAUUGACGGCGCUCCUAUUCUCUGCAUUGGCUGUCAUCACAAACAAUGUGGCAAACAUUGGCCGUUCGGGCCUCUUUGUUCCUCUUGCUCUUGGUUGGAUCCUCCUUGUCGCUUUUCUGUUCUGGCAUGAUUGUUGGGAAAGAGACAGCACACAAGGCAUUCGGAAUUCAUUUUGGACAAACUGUCAUUUCCUUUCCAUCGGUCUGGUUAUUUUCUUCAUCUAUGCGUCUUCCCACUCUACUUCGCAGCUUAUGGUCCUCGUGUUCCAACGAGCACAAGGGCUUUCGGCUCUACAAUCUUCUUGGCGAUAUGUGACAAUCCCAAUCGUCGGCGCUCUAAGCACUCUGCUCACUAGAUAUUGCUCAUCCCGUGUUGAAGCCAACCAGAUCCUCGUCAUUGCAAUAGUGCUCUCUAGUCUCUCCCCACUGUUGAUGGCUACAUUGAACAUAACUUGGCCUUAUUGGAAAUGUGCAAUGCUAGCCGUUUCAUUAAACUCGGUGGCAUCAAAUUCUGUUAUCCCAAUUGCGAUAAUGAUACUCGCUGGCUCUAUUCCUUCAGAGACUCGAGGUCUUGCAAUGGGCGUGCUCUGCACUGUGGCAAUGGUUGGAGCCUCUGUAGGCAUGGCACUGACUGCACUUGUUUCAAACGAUGCCAGCACACAGCUACUACACACGCCCAACCAAAGUACUUCUUUGCAUGACUCCCCAGAGAUAUGGAUGACCGGCUAUAGGACUGCAUUCUUUUUUUGUUCUCACUGA